CGUCAGUGGAAUUACCUUAUUAAUAUUCAUGAGCAGGGCCUUCGCCGUAGUAGUUCGCAUUCCGCUGAUGACGCUCUUCACAUACUCAGCUGAUUCGGCAGCUUUUCUCCGCUCGUCCUACACACGCAUCGGUCUCUCGCCACUCGUGUCCGCAAUCAUGGAGGCGAACGGCACUGAGCAGCUGCCGGUACAGUUGGGCAUGGACACGCUGAUCGUGAACGGGCACGCUGCAGAACGAGAAGAAACGGACCCCGCCAAGAAGAAGAAGAAGAAAAAGAAGAAAAGCAAGUCAGCGGUUACCGUAGGACAGGUCGAGCAGGGGGAGGAUGGAGAGGUGGAAGUGAGGAAAACGACAGAACAGCAGAACCUGGAGGACAAGGACAGAGAAGACGAUGGUGAAGAAGACGGGGAUGAAGGCGAUAACACCUCUGGAAAAAAGAAGAAAAAGAAGGCCAAAAAGAAGAAAGGAUCCAAAACUCAGACUGACCCGCCCUCCUUGCCCAUCUGUGAUCUGUACCCUAACGGUGUGUUUCCUGUGGGCCAGGAGUGUGAGUACCCCCUAUCACAGGAUGGGCGUAGCGCUGCAUGGAGAACGACCAGGGAGGAGAAGCGCGUGCUGGAUAAAGCUAAUGAGGAGAUGUGGAAUGAUUUCCGGCAGGCGGCCGAAGCUCAUCGGCAGGUGCGCAAAUAUGUGCAGAACUGGAUCAAACCUGGCAUGACCAUGAUUGACAUCUGUGAGCGUUUGGAGGACUGCAGUAGGAAGUUAGUCAAAGAGAACGGUUUGAACACAGGGCUGGCGUUCCCUACCGGCUGCUCGCUGAAUAACUGUGCUGCUCACUACACACCAAACGCCGGAGACCCCACUGUCCUUCAAUAUGACGAUGUGUGCAAGAUCGAUUUCGGCACACACAUCAACGGCAGGAUAAUAGACUGUGCCUUCACUGUCACCUUCAAUCCAAAGUAUGAUGGCUUGCUUGAAGCUGUAAGAGAUGCCACCAACACAGGCAUCAAGUGUGCUGGUAUAGAUGUACGUCUUUGUGAUGUUGGAGAAUCGAUACAGGAAGUGAUGGAGUCGUACGAGGUUGAAAUAGAUGGAAAAACAUACCAAGUCAAACCUAUUCGCAAUCUAAAUGGACACUCUAUCGGUCAGUAUCGGAUACAUGCUGGGAAAACGGUGCCCAUUGUGAAGGGAGGAGAAGCCACUAGGAUGGAGGAGGGAGAAGUAUACGCCAUUGAGACUUUUGGUAGCACUGGUAAGGGUGUGGUGCACGAUGACAUGGACUGCUCGCAUUACAUGAAGAACUUUGACGUUGGGCACGUGCCAAUCAGGCUGCCCAGGGCAAAACAUCUGCUCAACACAGUGAACGAGAACUUCGGGACGCUUGCGUUCUGUCGCCGCUGGCUCGACCGUUUGGGUGAGAGCAAGUACCUGAUGGCUCUGAAAAACCUGUGUGACCUGGGCAUCAUCGACCCCUACCCCCCUCUGUGUGACGCUAAGGGCUCGUACACAGCGCAGUAUGAACACACCAUCCUGCUCAGACCUACGUGCAAGGAGGUCGUGAGCCGCGGAGAUGACUACUGAGACGUGCAGAUGCGUACACACACUCGGCACUCACGCAAACACAUACACAAACAUAAAGGCAUUCUUACAAGUAUAAACUAGUUUAAAAGCAGUUGGUGUUUACUGAACUGCUGUUAGGGAAAUUCUGCUGCGACCGUGCAGUAUAAUUUCGGCAUAAAGUUGAAAAGGCAUGAAACUACUAUGCACGGGUAUGAGCCAGUGCCCCAAUUAAUCGUCUGAUUUCAAAGCAAGCGAGAUAAAGACUUUUUACUCAUUUGUACUCUGUGUAGUGAAUGAGAACAUGUAAAGAGUACGGCUGCUUGGCUUUACAAAAAUCUCAUUUCAUCAGGAAGUAAUCGAUAAUGCGCACAGCUUUUACAGAUCUUUUUGAUGAUUGUAAAAUAUCAAAAUGGCUGUUUCAUUUAGCAACUGUAUUACAUUUUGAACUCCCUGUUUUUUUUUUUUUUAUAAAAAUAAUAAAAUAAAUUCUAAAAUAUUUUAAAUGGCUUUUUUUUUUUGUUUGUUCGUAAUUCCUCACAGGUUAAUUCUGUCAUCAUUGCAGUUUUACAGUACAAAACUUUGCAUUAUCUCUGAGAGCUGAUGCAUUGCAGUUUUAACUAGUGGUUUGUGGCUUGAGGUUGUUAGUUUAACUGCUUGCGCAAACUUUGGAACUGAACUCGUUUGUGGCAUAAGAUUUAUUACCUCAAAAAAACAUUUUACUCUCCCCCUCAUCAAAAAUUUGAAAAAAGAAGAAAAAUAAUAGUUAAAAUUAAGUGUAAUCAAAUAUAUUGUUAAUGUCUUGUGACUAUACUUUUGAAACGGUGUUUAUUUUAACGUUUAUGAACUAGCCCCAUUUACUUCCAUAGUAAGUGCAUUAUUGCAACCACGAUUUUUGCUUUUCUAUUCAAGUAAACAAGCGAGAAGUCAAAAUUAUGUUUUGUGAUAAUCAACAUUAUGCCACAAAUGCUCUCGAUUAAACUUAACUUGUAUUGUACAUGGGAUAUUCCUUUAAGAAAUAUAUAUAUUUGAAAUUAUUCUAAAAUUACAUUUUUAUUAUAGAUGAAUAAAUGCAGAUUUUGUGUAUAUAUUUUUAUGCCAUGGAACAGGUAUAGAAUACCAGAUAUUUAAAUUAUUAUAAAUUCCUACC